UUCCCUUACCUUUCUCCUCCACUCGCGCUCUGCCUCUCCAUCCCCCACCCCCUCCCUAGCCAGAUCCCUCGUCGGCCAUGGCGGACCAGCUCACCGACGACCAGAUCGCUGAGUUCAAGGAGGCCUUCAGCCUCUUCGACAAGGACGGCGACGGCUGCAUCACCACCAAGGAGCUUGGGACUGUGAUGCGCUCGUUAGGGCAGAACCCCACCGAGGCUGAGCUUCAGGACAUGAUCAAUGAGGUGGAUGCUGAUGGAAAUGGAACAAUUGACUUUCCUGAGUUCCUCAACCUGAUGGCACGCAAGAUGAAGGACACUGAUUCUGAGGAGGAGCUUAAGGAAGCCUUCCGUGUAUUUGACAAGGACCAGAAUGGCUUCAUCUCAGCGGCUGAGCUCCGUCAUGUCAUGACCAACCUCGGUGAGAAGCUUACAGACGAGGAGGUGGACGAGAUGAUCCGUGAGGCUGAUGUCGACGGUGAUGGCCAGAUCAAUUAUGAAGAGUUUGUGAAGGUGAUGAUGGCCAAGUGAGAUGCCAUCUAGUACUCUCCUGGUGGUAGUAACCAGUGUAGCUUUGAAAACUGACAGCAUUUGGCUAUGGGAAUGGACAUGAUUGUUGUUUGUUUUCUUCUCAGGAACGUUUGGUAAUUUCGUUUGGAUUUGUUUGCAGUUGUACAACAUUUCUGUUAUCUUGAUACAACGAUGUUUUUACCUUCCAUAUUUAUACGGUCUUGUAGCGCAUGGUAUGGAGCUUUAGGACCUA